ACGAUAACGCGCACUUUGUCGAUGGCGGCCAUAAAAAUCGUGAGUUUGUCCUGUGCUUUGCUGUGGCUACAUUGAGAAGCACUUCCAACUGAACUAAAAGUCAAGUUCGUUUCAUAAAUUUCGCAGCCUAAUUUUCUGCGGGAGAAAAGAGAGGAAAUCAUCGGUGUCUGCAGCAUAUGCGGUGAAGAGCAAAAGCUGCAUGUGCUUGUAUUGGCAGCACUGAUUUUUAAAUUUUCCCGCUGUUUACUCAAACUUCCGGACAGAGGGCUUUUCCUGAGGGAUUUCCACUCUAAACACACAAUGUCUGACCAGCAGCUGGUUACAGAGAUCCCAAGCAGCCUAAAGCAGCUUGCCCGCCUGGUUGUACGGGGUUUCUAUACAAUUGAGGAUUCUCUUUUAGUUGACAUGCUUGUCCGGAAUCCCUGCAUGAAAGAAGAUGAUCUGUGUGAGCUGCUAAAAUUCGAAAGAAAGCAGCUGCGCUCUCGAAUAGCCAUCCUGAAGAAUGACAAAUUCCUCCAGGUACGGCUGAAAAUGGAGACUGGCCCCGAUGGGAAGGCGCAAAAGGUGAAUUACUACUUUAUCAACUACAAAACCUUCGUGAAUGUUGUGAAGUACAAGCUGGAUCUCAUGAGGAAGCGAAUGGAGACAGAGGAACGCGAUGCCACGAGCCGGGCGAGCUUCCGAUGCCCCAAUUGCAAUAAAACUUUCACAGAUCUGGAGGCAGAUCAACUCUUUGACUUCCACACGGGGGAAUUCCGGUGCACAUUCUGCGGGAAUGCCGUGGAGGAGGACAUGUCGGCGCUGCCAAAGAAAGACUCGAGGCUUCUUCUAGCUAAAUUCAAUGAACAACUCCAGCCACUCUACGAUCUCCUGCGGGAUGUGGAGAAUAUCAAAUUAGCACCAGAGUGCCUCGAACCCGAGCCAGUUGACAUUGAUACCAUUCGAGGGAUCAUCAAACCCACACGACCUGUUUCCCAGGAAGUGUGGUCGGGAGAGGCGACGCGAUCGCAAGGAUUUGCCGUUGAGGAAACACGCGUGAAUGUGACAAUCGGAGCAGAAGUUGCGGAUUCGGAGACAAAACGCAAAGAUCGUCCCGUAUGGAUGACGGAGAGUACGGUACUCAAUGACUAUGACAACCAAAACUCCUCGGAUUCCCUUCUGGAGCGACCGAAUGCCAUCACGACGACUGGAGCACCAGCUGGACGUGCCCGGAAGGAGGGUGACGACAUCAUGUCGGUACUGUUGGCCAAUGAGAAGCAACAUGGUCAAAAUAGCACUGCCAGUGCUGUGCGUGGUCUUGGCAUGGCGGGAAGCUCAAGUGGAGGAGAUUCCAGCGAUGAGGAUAAGGGCAUUGACAACACUGAAAUCCCUGAUAUCCCAAUGAUGGAAUCAGAGUCGGAGGAUGAAAGUCCAACGGUGAGUGUGGGCGGGAAGCAGUACCCCAUCGAUGAGAUCACGGACAGCCUGAUAGCACAGAUGACGCCACAGGAGAAGGACACGUACAUUCAGGUGUACCAGGAGACCUUUAGCCAUAUGUACGAAUGAAUGGGGAUGAGGAAUAAAAAGGCGUCUGGUGUAUUCAUAAUGUAUAAUGUAUUAUAAAUUAAAUACACUUUUAAACAAUGUUAA